UAUCCAUGGUGGGGAAUCCAGUCUACGGAUUUAUAUACAACACUCAGCAUCGCUUUGAAUAGAUUAGUUUCGAACAGUGAAAUCGAAUAGUUAUAAUAGUUCGUUAAAAAACGUCAUAAAUAUUUCCAAGUUGUAUAAUUUCUAAUAUUUCUGUAUUUUAAACAACAUUCACGUGCAAUAUGAUAAAAUACGUAGUAAUUUUAUACACUAUUUUUAUUUCCGUACAAUCACAGAGGCCACCUUUUGCCGGAAGCAGUAAACCCUAUCCAGGUGUUCUUCCACAAUAUUUGGAAGAACAGAAAACAAUUAAUAAUAUUAAUGAAAAAACAAUUGCAAGUCGACUUGGUGCGAGCAGUAGCGAUUCACUAGGAGCACCAUUAGGAGCAGCUCCUACUAUUACAACUUCGACAUCAACGAUUCCAUCAGAUUUGCCAGUGGAUGCUUUGGGAAAUGUUGACUUAGUGAAUCGGAUUAAAACCUGGCCAAGAGAAAAACAACCAUUCUGGUAUAUCAACUGGAAACAAAUUCAAGAACAUCGUGGUGAUUCAAAAAAUAGAGCUCAAUUAGUUCAAACGGAACCGAAUCAGAGAUCAUUUUUUGCAGGAUAAAAAAAAGUUUGAAAUUGUUAUGCUAUGUUUAAUUUUAAUCGACACUACCAUCAAUGUUUUGCUAGUCAAAUUGAAAACUUUCUUGCGUAAGAUUUAAUCGAUCACUGUUAUUUUAUCGAUAUAAAAUUUAAUAUCGAAUGAUACGAUGAUUACGAUAAUUAAAAUAAAAAUAUAAGAACUUCAAAUAGUUAUCACGUAAUAUUUAUAUCAACGAAGAAACGUUGUUUUAUGGAAAGAAAAAGAAUGUUUAAUUUCGUUUCUUAAAGAAAGAAAAGAAUGUUUAAUUUCAUUUUUGAAAUUAAUUUAUAUUUUUUUUAUAAACAAUAAAAAGAAAUUAAUUAAAAUAGAUAAAAUACUUGAAAAACUUUAAAUUUCUAAUCCACCUGCUGAGCAAACUACAAUCGCCAAUAAGAUAUCACGACGAGACAAGACAGGAUAGAAAUCCAAGCAUCUGAUUGGAUCGUGUAGUUGCGCACGAGUAGCCGACUAUACGUCGAUGACGUCACGUCAGUCCGUCCAAUGCAAGCGCUUGGAUCUCAGUAAUAACCCUAUGUGCGUGCUGUACGCCGAAGCGUGCUACUCGUAUUCGGGUGUACAAACGCGAAAGAAGUGAUACAGUAUCGGUCUGUGAAAGAUGUUACCCGACAGAGACAUGCCAGUCAAAACUUUCGUUCGAUAGAUUGUUUUUCAUAUAUUAAAGAACACGUAUACUCUACGAGCAAAUGUAUUCGAAGAAUUGUCGUGUUAAGAAAAAGAUAGACUGUACGCAAUCCGCCGUACCUGACAGUCCACGCGGCCCGGCCCCAAAACACUUUCGCCUCGCUAUAUACACGAGAAAUCGCAUCGUGUUUCAUUCACAACGCGAGCGCCACUGGCAAUGUCGGGAAGUGACAGCCCAACAUUCUUUCACGGCCAGCCCUGGUCCAGCUGGAUCGAAAGAAUCGGACGAGACAAGCCGUUGAGUAAGUGCGCUGAAUCUCAUCGAAAUGUUCGUUCGUUUGCUGUCGCUGCUUUAAAACUGCGACAACGACAAGCGUCUAGCUCGUGUACCUAACCUCAACUUCGAUGCUCCUUUGUCCGUCGACUUGACGCAGGGCAUCAUUAGGGCCCAUCACAUGCAUUUAUUUAAAACGGUUGUCAACAAUUGUCCAGUGCGCUUCAUGGUUGAUAUUUUCUCGCAACAUCACGCGUAUUUUAACGGCCCUUUCCACUGACAAUUAUGUAAUUUGUAGCGAAACUGACUGUGAAAUACGGAGCGUCGAAACUUUAGCUUUAGAGCAUAUAGUAUAUUGGCAUGGAUCAUGAAAAUUUCGCGAAACGAUCUUAAUCGAAUCGCGCUAUUCAGUAGAUCUUAUUCGAACGAUAUAUUGUACACUUGUAUUUUUAUAUUUAUGCUCUCUCUCUCUUAUAAGAUUUUUUGUUGAAAGAAUUAUGCAUGUAUGAAAUGUAUACAUAAUAAAAGUUGUUUACCCAGAA